GUCGAAUGCACAUGAACACAUGACAAUAAUAGCAUACAAUUUAAUAUCGUCAUUGUAGGUUUGGCGUGCGAUUUUCGUUUUUUUUUUGUUUUUUUUUUGUUUUGUUUUUAUCGAAAACCGUCCGUUUCGUUUCGCGUUUUUUUCCAGACCAACGACAUAGUUUUGCAUCGGGCAUCCGACCGGAUACGCGGAUAAUGCACCACCGCCGACGGGUGUCGUUGUUCACGUGGUCGUCGCGGUCGUCGACGCUUCCGUCUUGUUCCGAUCGCGCCGCAAUCGCCGUUUCCGGUCUAUAAUAUCAUAAUAUCAUAUACACAUACAUUUAUAUACAUACAUAUAUACACAACUCCACGCAAUAAGUUCCUAUAACGCGCGGAAAACCUAUAUCAUACGUAGGUACGUGUACCUAUAGACCGCGUUUAGUCGGUAUUCCGUCGUAGUCGGUAAUAAUAUCAUCACUUAUAUCAUAACACAUCACAUUAUAAAUAUAUAUAUACAUAUAAAUAUACCGCCGCCCUUAGUGGACCGGAUGUGAAUACUCAUUCAAAAUUGGCCGUGUCAAGCAGAACCCUGUCCGUGCAGCAGCCACCGGCGAGACCAACUCGUUGGACUCGCACAAGGAUAUGCUGAAUAGUGAACCGUCGCCUGAGCUAGACAAACAACAGCGCAACGCUCAGACAGAACAAGUGAAGAUGGCCGCCACCGAAGCCGGAAGCCCCAGACGGCUGGGACUCAAUCUCAACCUGAGCGUACAGCCGCACGCGGCCGCAUUUCACUGGCCCCACUCCACAGUGGCCGAAGACACGUCACCAUCCCGGUCUAAGGGCUGCACGGACGACGACGACGACGACGACGACGAAGACGAUCGCGACAUGGACGACCGUGACAUGGACGACGACGACAUCAUGAUGGACUGUCGGCAGGACGAGGAUUGUUCGCCCGAGGACGAACAAGACAUACUGGAAAUGCAGCGCGAGGAACGCGAAACCCUCAAUCAGCUUGCCAGACAAUUGGCUUCCGGUUCGCGACUGAUAACUCCCAUGCUCCAACAUCUCGUGUACCAACAUCCGGGGCUAUCCGUACAACCGUCGCCGAUGCACCAGCAGCAACUGCAACAGCAGCCGUCCUCCGUGGCCGUGUCGUUGACGACGGCCGCGCUCAGCAGACACGCGGCGGCGGUGGCAGCGGCCGCUGACCUGUCGCCAAAGUCCAGCCACUCGGGCGACGUGCCAAUGUCCGGCGGUCGUUCUACCGACGUGCAGUCGCCGUCCGCGGCCCGGAACAACGAGGCGCAGUCGUGGACGUUCGAAGAGCAGUUCCGACAGUUAUACUCGGCGGGCAGUGAAUCAGACAGACGGACCUUUCUAGACUCGCUAUUCAGUUUCAUGCAAGAACAAGGAACCCCAAUUAGCCGUCUACCCAUCAUGGCCAAACGCGUGUUGGAUCUGUACACUCUAUACAAGUUGGUUGUCCAGAGAGGUGGUAUCGUUGCGGUCAUCACCAAGAAAUUGUGGCAAGAGAUCAUCCGAGGUCUGGGACUACCUCCUUCAAUAACGAGUGCUGCGUUCACAUUACGUACACAAUACGUUAAAUAUUUGUACGCGUACGAGUCACGAAUGAACCAGUUCAGUACGUUGGACGAGCUGAACAUGGCCAUAGCGGGCAACCGGCGCGAGGGCCGGCGGAACAAGUCGCUCAUGUACUCGGACAUGCCGCCGCCACCGCCCGGCCACAUGCACCACCAUCACCACGGUGGCGGCGGCGGCGGCCAUCACCAGCAAGUGCACGGUGGUGGCCACCCGCAUCCAAUGAUGGGCGGGGGCGCUCCGUCGCAGCAGCCGUCGCCGCAGCAGCAACAGCAACAGCACCAGCAGCAGCAGCAGCACCAGCCGCCGUCGUCGCAUCACCAUCACCACCACUACAAUAACGUGUUGGCCGCCGAGGACCGUUUCCGGCACCUGGCCGCCGCCAUCAUCGACAACCACCAUCACGCGGCCGCCGCUGCAGCAGCCGCCGCCGCGGCCGGCGUCAGCGUCGACCACCCCAGGCUGCGGAUGCAGUCGUGCAGCCCGCCGCAGCAUCAGCAACAGUUGCAACUGCAACCGGAAUGCAAGGCGUCCGCGGUCGCGUUGCACCAGACUACGCCCCGGUCGCCGGCCACCGCCGGAUUGCCGCCGCCGCCACCCAUGCCGCCGUCGUCUCUGUUCAACGGCCACCAGCCGCCGUCGUUCCAACACCUCCACCAACAGCAGCAGCAGCACCAGCAGCAGCAGCAGCAGCAGCAGCAACAACAACAACAACAGUCCAACGCCGCCCAGUCCAACAACGAGCAGACCAACAAACAGAGAGAGCUCCUCAACAUGCUCAUGUGGAUGGACAUUGUCAGAGCGAAUCAAACCGCAAUGCCGAGACUACCCAUUUCAAGUUUGCCAUCCAGUCCGUCGGCUGCUGCGGCGGCGGCGGCGGCGGCGGCCGCUUACACGGCGGCCGCGGCGCUGAACCUCGCUCCCGCGUACAACAAGGGACAGCAGAUGGCCGUGGUCGUCGUGCCGGAACAGAGCGAGGCGCUGAACUUGGGCAAGAAGAGGACGUCGAACAACAACAACAGCGAGGACGAAGACGCGGACGGCGACCGGCCGGACGGGCGUGACGGCCGGCGCGAGUCGGUGUCGUCGGCGGCCAAGCGCAUCAAGACGGAACGGUCGUCGCCGCCCGUCAGCGGUUGUUCCAGCGACGACGAGAAGCCGUCCGCUGCGGCCAAGGCGACGGCGACCAGCGACGGCAGCCCGUCGUCGCCGCAACCGUCGCCGGCCGCCGAGGACGUCGCGUACCGACCCGACACGAGACGCGGCUCGUCGCCCGUCGACGAGGACGUGGUCGAAAUGGAUAUCAACACGUCGCUUUCGGCUGGCUCGUCUGGUAACAACGGUUUGGCGAUUUCUGUUACGCGAAGAACGAAAAAUGGCGUGUACAUGGGUCAACUCACCAAGAACAACGCAUUGAUCAACGGAGGAUUGAACAACAACGAAAAUCCGUUCGUACUGCACCUGAACGGAGAUCUGUACACCGGACAGUUGCAGUUGCAACAGCAGCAGGUGGCCAACAACUGAGGAUUUGAUGUUUCUCUCACACCGGCCAUCGGCGAAGUGUACACGUGCAAAAAAAAAUAAUGAUAAAUUCGUCUGAUUUAGAAAUAUUAUGCCUAUAUAAUACACACAUUAUAACUUAUACCGUAUUAUUUUAAUACAAUUUGGACGUCGAAAUAAAGAGACGUACUAUGCCUAUACACAUCUUAUUAUAACGGUGUAGGUACACUGCGCCGCAUUCGACUCAAAGACGAAAAAUGUGUUAUUAUUAUUAUUAUUAUUAUUAUUAUUAUUUUUUUUUUACGAAUAGCUUUUGACUGAUUUUAUAUUUGGUGUUAAUAUUUCGGUAGCAUAUUGUAGAAAAAUACUUCGUUUACUAAAUAUCGAGUUUUAUUUAUUGCCGAUUUUCAGGUAUUAUUAUAUUUAUUAUAUUAUGUUGGCCGGUGACCGUGGUAUUGCGUCACACUCACAUUUUUUCAACAAUAUUGUCAUAUUAUUGUGAAUUGUAAUAUAAUUCGUUUUUACUUUAGUUCGAUUAAUACUUUUCUACCAAAAAGUUUUGUAAACGUGUUUGAGUUUGAGAUAAAUAGAAAAUUUGAUAUUUACACAUUGUGUGAUUCAAUGUAAUGUAAACAAAUUGAAAAAAAAUAUGAAGUAUAUGUGUGUAUAUUCAGCAGCAUAAUAAUAUGUACAGUGUAUAUUGUAGUUAUUUUGAAGUUUAUUGUACGACUUGUGUUUCGUCAAAACUUUCUUUUUAUAGAAUGAUAAUAAUUGUAUUUUACAUUUAUACGGUCUCGUCGAAUCGAGGACUUUGUAUAUUUGUAUGUGUGUCUUUGUGUGUGUGUGUGUGUGUGUGUGUGUGUGUGUGUAAAAGUGUAUAUUUCGUAUAAAUAUAUUUAGAAUGCGUAAACCGAAAUCGGAAGGGUUCAAAAGACUUUUUGUACAUAAAAAUUCAAUUGUAAAAGUUUUUUUUUUCAUCGACUCAAUUUUGGUCAACUAUAAGGUUUGUCUGUGACAGCAAUAAGACCUAAAUAAAAAAAAAAAAAAAAAAACAUUUACGGAAUCAAAAAAUAGGAUU